CGUAUUGAAUUACUUUUUCUGUCAAAUUUGUUGUAUAACAUGAAGUUUUGGUGCUUAAUUUGUAAAAUCAUAACCUAAUUUGAUGUUUAAUAGGCUUUUCCUUAAUCCCUCCUUAUUAUCCAAGAUAUUCGCUUAUCCAAGCUUCUGCCAGCCCAUUUAGCUUGGAUAAGUGAGACUCUACUGUAAUCGAUACCAAGACAGUGUUGUUGCUUGGUUAUCACAAUAGUAGAGCCAUGUGCAGAGGCUGUGUAGUAGUUGCUGCUUGGGAGACUGCUCCCAACAGAAGGAUUUUAGGCAAGAAGAUUUGUUUUUCAGCAUUUGUGAGGUAAAACUUUGGGAGAGUAAGCACUUCUCGACAAGUCUUCACCCAGGCAGAAGAAAAAAACACAAACACACACAUAAACACACACACACACACCAUCCAACUUACAAAUGAUUUCUAAUUAAGAACAGGUGUGGGACAACAGGAAGUGAGAGAAAUCUCCCCCUAGGAAGGGAAAUUAUCUCCUGGAAGAGUUAUUAUGAGGAAAAAAUGUCUCCACUGAAGCUUUCUCACCAACUGAAGGAAGAGUAGCUUGGCACUCGGAGCAUGUGCAGGACAUAUUCCUAUUAAGAAGUAGAGCUCUAGAACCUCCCAAACCUCCCAAAUGGGGCCUUUGCGUCAACAGAAGAUGCCGUUUGUGUCCCAUUUGCGUGGGGCACAGAGACCAUGAUGGAGGGCAACUCAUGCCAGCCGAGAAGGGCCUGAUGAUUGGCAAAGUUUCCAGAACUACAUACCCGCCUUCUCGAUGCCUGGUUCCAAGCCACCCUCUUCUCCAGUUUCCAAGAACAUAUUGCAUUCGUCCCCGAGAAGAGGUACCCAGAACCGCCCAUCCGUCCUGAUAUGUGCUGGGCCGUACAAGGAGCAAAUGACUCUGAGCCAACCAAGGCCCAUCAGUACUUCUCAAAACAAACAGAACCAAGUAAUGCCAACUCAACAGAUCGUCUUCACAGGAAGCAGUCAACAGAUACCUCUCCUUUCCGAGCCAUUAUCACAGGGGGUCCCACCAGCAAACACAGGCCUUACUCCAUCCUCCUGGAUCAACACUGAAAAAUGGGAACGGACUCACCACUCUAUCACUGCAGCCUACUCCAAAGAGAGGUCCCCUGGGAAGCAGUUAGUUGUGGACAACACCCCUUACCUCCAUAGUCUUGUGGAAAGAUCUACUGGCAGGGAUCGCAGAGGGGGCCAUGUUGAGUGGCAGAUGCAAGAGGAGCUGGUGCGCAAGUUAGAGGAUCAGCUGGCGCAAGAGAAGCAGAGAUUGAGUGCUAUGCGAGCCGAACUGGCAUCCAGUUCCCACUCACAGCAUCUGUGUGUACCAGGACUAAUUAUUCCGCAUCAAAGCAAAGACCCAAGGAGUGAGAUUUACUUUUCUAACCACCAUGAAAUCCACAAUAGUGCGGAAAGGAACUCCAGCAUGGCGUAUUACAGAUGCACUACUGCUCGCCCCCCUUUCACAUAUGCUGCCCUCAUUGGUUGGGCCAUCCUAGAAUCCCCCAAGAAACAGCUCAGCCUGAAUGAGAUUUAUCGCUGGUUCAACAACAACUUUGGCUACUUCAGACAUCACAUACCAACCUGGAAGAAUGCCAUUCGACACAACCUCAGCUUGCACAAAUGCUUUGUACGUGUGGAGAACAUGAAGGGAGCCGUGUGGACAGUGGAUGAGUUUGAAUAUCGAAAGAGAAGGAGCCAGCGUUGCUCUACUUAUCCACAUCCAUUUCUGGGGAGCCAUGGAGCAGCAGUGGCUUUUGGAGAGCCAUGGGAGAGGACAGCCCAGCUGAGAACAGAAAGGAGCAACCAUUACAGGCCAGAGCACAUCAUACCAUCUUCUGUUUCUGCAGGGACUAUGAGCUAAAUAGCUGAAACUAUUGAAGCUGAGUUCAGAGGGCCUGUAAGGAUCUAUGUGUUUGUUUUGAGAUGGCUCUCUAAUAUUACUGAGAAGCUGUAGCAGUGCCGAAAUCACGAACAGACAACCAGAGCUUGAAAGUAUUACCUCUUUGGACGAUACCUCCAGAGAGUAAGGUCAGUAUCCAUGCUAACUGGAAAAUGCUGGGAAUUGUACUCCCCCAAAGCCAACUUUUCUGAACUCAGCACACAACCUGCAUUGUUUGCCUCAAAAACAGACAGAAGUAUUGAAAGGAUAUCAAAUUUGGAGAGAGGCGAUUUGGAAACCAAGA